AGUGAGUACAUGUUGGCUGCAGAAGUGGAUGUCAGCGCCUUUUACUUCUUCAAUGUUACCCCUCUCACCUCUGAAACAAGUGUAAAAGUAGAUGAACUAUAUGGAGAGUAAGCGAAGGUAUAUCGACCAAACGGUUUGUCGCGCCUGAGUCACAAGUGUGACCCAGAAAAGAGCAGCGAGCACGGACGCGGACGCGAGGAUAAAGAACGAUUUACGCGGCACAUAUAACCUUGGAUUUUAUUUACCUUUACAGCAAGUUGGUCCUCUGAUAAGCAUUUUAUCCCUUGGAUUUAAGAUUUUGCGUUAGGUUCUGUAAUGGCAGUUUGGUUUGAGUUUUUAGUGCACAUUCUUUUUCUUUUGCUUGGAUGUUAUCUUGGCGCUUUGGAGUGUCAGACUAGGAGCCGAACCCCAAAGAGCGAGCAUGGCAGGGAUGGUAUCCAGUCUCGGUUUGAACCAGACACCGCCAAUCAGGACAUGGUUUCCCAUCACAUGUACAGGCUGUAUGAGAAAUACAACAGAAAACUUAACCGACUCACAGAGGAAAACACUGUCAGGAGUUUCAGAGCCAGUCAAGACUCUGCCAAAAGGACGUUGUUCCAUCUGAACCUGACGUCUCUCCAAGACUCGGAAAUCAUUCUCUCCGCCACAUUCCACUUCCUGUUCGACCAGCGCCCGUGGCCAAGGGCCUGGUUCUGCAAACGCUACAAAACUGCGGCCUGUCGCUCUCCAAAACUCCACCAUGCUCCCUGCGUCCACCUCAUCCUUCGCUCAAACCCCUCUGGGUCAGGGGUCAAUCCAGGGUUGCAGGGGUCGUUGCUAGGCAAUGUGACCAUUCUCCCCCACCGGAGAGGGUCUUGGCAGAUGAAGGACGUGACCACGGCAAUACAGGCGGCUAGGGAGUCAGGCAACCAUUUUGUGUCUUUGGAGUUGGACUUUGGGCUACAGUUCUACAAAGAGCCGGAGGAGGCGCUGUCUGGGCCCAGUCUACCUUAUCUGUUGGUGUAUGCAGACGACCAGGAAUUAGAUGAGCCCAACAGUGUGGCACAGACUUUACAGAGGUAUGCCCCCGAUGCUCACCAGGAAGAGUCUCCUCCUUCUCUUCCUGUUAAACCGGUAUCAAAGGCUCGCUUGAGAAGAGAGGUACUGUCACAUCCAGACUCAGUCCAGAACAACGAGCUGCCGGAGGUGGAGUAUAGGCCUGGUGGAUCUAGGAAGCACGACCCAUUUCAAACCCCCUACCACGCCCUAAAACCCAUCAAGCCUGGGAGGAAAGAGAACAGGGGGGGUGAGAGCGGGAGGGGUGAGAGCGGGAGGGAAGAAGAAAAACACAAAGGACGUGACAGUGGAAGUCAGCCGCCGGUUCAGGGCUUGGACCGCCGGACCCCGAGGAAGAGGAGCGAUGGAGAGAGUAGACUGCAAGACAAUGGCGACGGAAGGACGGCUGGAAAGAGCGAAGGAGAGGCAGGAGGAAGGACGUCUCCGGUGCUGAGUUUCGACGAGCGGACCAUGCGUAAGGCGAGGAGGAGACAUUGGGGCUCCGAGCCCCAGGUUAGGGGUUGUUCCAGGAGAACACUCAGGGUGGACUUUGCAGACAUCGGCUGGAGUGAGUGGGUCCUGGCGCCCGAAGCCUUUGAUGCCUACUACUGUGCAGGCACCUGCGGAUUCCCCAUGCCCAAGGUGCUGCGUCCCUCAAACCAUGCAACCAUCCAGAGUAUAGUCCGUGCCGUUGGGAUAGUUACAGGGAUCCCUGAGCCCUGCUGCGUCCCAGAAAAGACCAACCCACUGGGGGUUCUGUACCAGGACAGGGGGGCCGACCUGGUACUUAAGGUCUACCCCAGCAUGUCUGUGGAACGCUGCACAUGCAGAUAGAGCACUGAGCAGAACAAAGCUGGAAUGAACAGGAUGGACCGAGUUGGGUUAAGGACAAAAAUGGGUUAAAAGAAAGAUGUUGUGUAUUGAUGAACGGACAGAUGAGUGAUGGUGUCUGUACAUUUGCUCGUCCCUUGCAUCCCUCAGGCUUUGACAGGGAGAGACGGAUUGUUGAACGUGAAGAGGCGUUGAAGAGGCACAUUGUUUGAUGUUGGCAGCAUCCAUCAUAUCCGCUGUUAGCAGCAAAAACACAACCAUGACAUCAACCAUAAUCGCCACAGAACAGAAUACCUGCUUUAAUGACGAGAGGCUCUGAAAGUCCCUCUAAACUAAAGUGGAAUUAAAAUGUUCCUUCUCAAAGACAGGUCUGUUUGACUGGUUCCUAGUGAAAGAUUGUUUUUUGAGGGACCGAUAGUGCUUGUUGUCCAGGGUCUUGUUCGUAAGAGCACACAGAAGAAAGACAUUUUUUUUGAGAAAAAUAAACAAUUUCAGAUCUUAAAAAUAUGGAAGUACAGUGGGGAGAACAAGU